GAUACACGUCCACGCAAAAUCUAGAGAUUCAUUUCGUUUCAUUUCUUGUCUCUGCGCUUCAAACUCUUCCUUUCAGACUUCCAUUCGGAUCCAACCCGAACCCGAAUCAUGGUAUCCAGUUUGGAGGCGGUGGUUGCUGAUCGGAGCCGGUCCAGCUCCCGGACGCCGAACCAUUCGCCGAGGCUUGGCCCGAGCCGCCUCUCCUCCAGCUCCCAUAGAUCCCAUUCUCCUUCUUCUUCACUUUCCUUAUCAUCAUCAUCAUCGCAUUGGUAUCGAAGGAAAAAAGUGCUUCUGGCGCUUAUGGUGUUGCUAGCUUUCUUCUUCUUUUUGAAUUGGAUUAUGCUCCUCGGCUUACAGCACCAUCACCAUGAAGAAUACGAAUCACCCAAACGCCGUUCCUCUCUUUCUCUCUCGCUUCUUCAGGGAAAAUGGAACAAGACUGGAAACAGGAAAAAACCACAAAAGGGUAAUUAUGUGAGGAUGUUGGCAUUGGCUGCCCACGCCUUGGCAGAGAAUAAACGUGAACCAAAAGAUUUGUGGCAGGAACCCUUGGUUCCUGCUUCUGCUUGGAGACCUUGUGCUGAUCAGCGAAAUUGGGAACCUAAUGAAGGAAAUAAUGGAUAUAUUUUGGUUACCGCAAAUGGCGGGAUCAAUCAACAACGAGUAGCUGUUUGUAAUGCUGUUGUUGUGGCCCGGUUACUCAAUUCAACUUUGGUUAUCCCCAAAUUUAUGUACAGUAGUGUAUGGAGAGAUGUGAGUCAAUUCAGCGAUAUCUAUCAGGAGGAGCAUUUUAUCAAUUACUUGACUCCUGAUAUUCGGAUAGUCAGGGAACUUCCCAAGAAACUACAGUCUUUGGACUUGGAGGCGAUAGGCAGUGUUGUAUCAGAUGUUGACAUGGGGAAGGAGGCCAAGCCAAGUUUUUACGUGAAACACAUCCUACCCAUUAUACUUAAAAAUCAAGUUAUUCACUUUGUUGGAUUUGGGAAUCGCUUGGCAUUUGAUCCGAUACCAUUUGAGCUGCAGAGACUUCGUUGCAGAUGUAACUUUCAGGCCUUGCAAUUCGUUCCCAGAAUACAAGAAAUUGGUGCUUUGCUUCUUAAAAGGUUACGGGAAGAUACAGCUCAUAUUGGACCAUUGGAUCAUUAUCUUGUUGGUUCAUUUGCAGAAUCAGUGAAGGGGAAAGGUGGAACUAAUUCCAAGAAAGUAUCCAAAUACCUAGCUUUACAUCUCAGAUUUGAAAUUGACAUGGUAGCUCAUUCUUUAUGUGAAUUUGGGGGAGGUGAGGAAGAGAGGAAAGAAUUGGAAGCAUAUCGUGAAAUCCAUUUUCCUGCAUUGGCACUACUGAAGAAGACUACAAAAUUACCUUCUCCUUCAGAGCUCAGGUCUGAAGGCCUAUGUCCUUUGACACCUGAAGAAGCCAUCCUCAUGCUUGCUGCACUUGGUUUUAACCGCAAGACACACAUAUAUGUAGCUGGUUCUAAUCUGUAUGGAGGUCGCUCACGGUUGGUUGCUUUGACCAGCUUGUACCCUAAAUUAGUCACUAAAGAGAACUUACUUUCUCCAGAUGAACUCAAACCGUUUGCUAAUUAUUCAUCUCAGUUAGCCGCAUUGGAUUUCAUAGGCUGCACUGCCUCGGAUGCAUUUGCCAUGACCGAUUCAGGAAGUCAGCUAUCAUCUUUGGUAUCCGGGUAUCGAAUAUAUUACGGUGGAGGAAGAAUGCCAACAAUACGUCCAAAUAAACGCAGGCUUGCUGAUAUAUUUAUGAAGAACUCAUCCAUAGAGUGGCGUGUUUUUGAACAGAGAGUGAGGAAAGCAGUGAGACAAACUAAACAUGUGCAGACAAGGCCGAAGGCCAGAAGUAUUUACAGGUACCCUAGGUGUAAAGAAUGUAUGUGCAGGACAGAUUGAUUGAUUUAUAUAGUUUGACUGUAAUUGCCCAUUGUAAUUUUGUAACAUUAUUGUUCAAUGUUCAUUUUUCCACUAA